AUGGGCAUCUGCUCGUCAUGUCUGGGCCUCGCCCGGCGGUCCUCAGACGCUGAGCGUUCUGACAGCUCGCAUCUCCUUGGAGACCCUUACCAGCCGCAUUAUGGCAGCAUCAAUCAUCCGAGCGCCCACAGCUUGCCCCAGCCCGACCCCGAAGAGAUUAGGAGGCAGCGAGACGCGUUGGAGCGUAUCUGCGCCCAAACGUCUGACAAGUUGAUCCACGUCUCGCAAGCCGCCUACACCGAUGACAGCCACCACUCCGAGUAUCUACGGCUUUUCAAUGAACGCUUCCCACCCAUGAGGUCAGCGAGCCCUCCGCCAUCCGCACGUGCCGACUACGACCAAGACGAGGCCACUUGGUUGAGCAAUGUCGUAGGCAGCUCAAACGACGCCGAGGGAAGCUGGGAGCGGGUCGAGCCCAUUGAAUCUGGAGCCCUGACGAUCCAAUUCGGCGAGGCCUUGAGCGACAGGAAACGGUAA